AUGUUCGUGGUGCUGGUGAAGGGUAAGCAGGACUACGUCAUCCGGAACUACUCUCUGGCGCACACGCUCGCCUUCUACCAGGAGGGCUCCCUGCUGAAGGAGGACUUCGCCAUCCUGAAGCCUUGCACCUACCGUGCCUUCGCCUUCCCCGACCCCGACGCUCCGAGGGACCUGCGCGGACGCAUCCUUGGCGCCGGGAGUGACUUCGUGGUCAGGUACGACAUGGACGACACGUCUGGGGUCGGGCAGAAGCAGGGCCUGACGCUGCCUGGCAAGCGGCUGCUCCUAGACGUGGAGUUCAACAUGACCGGCGGCCAGCGGGUGCUCUCGAUCCGGGACCACGACGAGAGCGCGCCCAGGUGCCGUGUUCGAGACAGGGCAGCCCUCUGCCAAUCUGCAAAGAGCGUCGGGAUCAGCUCCGCGCUGAACGGCCUUCACCUGGACCUGUUCCUAGCUGGGUUCCACGUCUGCCUUGUGGACACGUUCUUGCCAUCACCUCAAGAGCUGCUUGGCAUCACCGUGGACUACGUGCAGAUCCAGAAGGUGCCGAACGAGAAGACUGCCACGCUCGAAGUGCACAACCUGCAGGUCGACGAGUUCGGAGAAGGCCGCACCAUCUUCGGCCCUGCCGCCAGCGGCCUCAACUCCCAGCAGAGCCCAGAGGCCGAGCUGAGCGGCUUCAGGGCCCAGCCGCUGCUGAGGAUCGCCGUGCGGGGCCCGCGACUCUUGAAAAAUGCGCUCUACGACUCGGAGCGGCAGCUCGUCAACUUGCAGAACGUGGCGAUCAACCUGCAGCCGCUGGAGGCACCGAGGCUGGACGUGGGCCGGCUGCUCUCCAUCGCGCUGCGCCUGGAGAGUUGGACAAAGGCGCUGGACCUGCGCGAGGCCAGCACCGCCCAGACCGCCGCCAAGGCGCUGCUGAAGGUCAUGCGCAGGGGCAUAUCCGCGCCGCGGAAGGGGGGGAUGGUCAUCUGCUACGUUGGCAGACUGGUGGUGAUGCCGAUCGUGCUGGAAGCUGGGCUGGUCCUGAAGAAGCGCCAGAAGAGGGGCUCAGAUGACGACGACGACGACGGCGUGGGCUUGGAGAAGCAGCUGCUUCGGCUUUCUGCCAGGCUCUCGCCUGGGCCUCGUGCGAUCGUGUCCUUCGUCGCCAAGCUGGCCACGACGUUCGCCGAGGCGUCGCCCCGCUUCAGGUUCAGCAAGCUGGACAAGCGCAUCGACCCGCAGAACAGUGCGGUGCUUGUGAGCGCCAUAUCGAAGCACUACGUCAAGCAGCUGCAGUGGCAGGUGGCCGGAGUCCUGGGCUCCUUGCAGGUGCUCGGCGACCCGGCGGGCCUGUUCCACGACGUGACAGAGGGCUUCGAGCAGUUCUUCGUCAAGUCCAUUCAGGAGCUGCAGGGCGAGCGCUCGACCGUCGGCUCCGGGGUCCAGGACCUGGUUGGGGGCACGGUCGGCGGCGUGGUGGGCUCGGUGGCCACUAUUUCCGGCUCGGUGAAGGACGCCCUGGGGACCGUCGCGGGCGGACCCAUCGGCGAGGAGAAGAGGGCCGAGAGCAUCGGAGAGGGCAUCGAGAUGAGCCUGGCCUCCCUGGCCGGAGGCUUCACAGAGGCGCUGACGGGCCUGGUGGAGCAGCCCCUCGAGGGUUGGGACGAAAACGGCGCCGUGGGCCUCGUGAAGGGCUCGGCGCAGGGCGUCAUCGGCGUCGUGGCGAGACCCAUCGAGGGCGUCCUGGGCGCCGCGGAGAAGAUCGCCCAGGGCGUGGAGGGCCAGGUGCGCGGUGCGAGCCGGAGCUAUUGCGGUCUGCGCCGGCCUCCGCGCGUGAACUUUGGCGCGGGCGAGCGCGAGCGCGGGGUCGCCAGCCUUCAGGUGCUGAGCAGGGCGUUCUUCUGGCCGAAGUGGCGCCUGCGCCUGAUCACCUUUUGUUCCUCGGCUCUCCCUGCCAGACCUCUGGACGGAGCGCAGGAUCAGGUAUGUGACCAUCUCCCCCGCCCUCGAGGGCGAGCAGGCCGAGAGCAGCCUGCCCGCGCUGCGGGGCGGGGCGCCGGACAGCUGGGUGCCCGGCAGCAUCCCCGGGGUCUGGGGCCUGUUCGGCGGCGUCAGCUCGCUGACGGACGCCGGGGAGCUGGUGGCUGA